AUGUCGACGACUUCAUCUCCUUCGCCGUUGCAAGGCCCAACUGGCCGUGUCGAUGAGAAAACUCUACCCCAGGGUCAGUGCCGCUACAUAUUGCUGGUCCCUGGCAUCAAAGGCCAACGAUGCGCUUGUGUUCACUUUUCUCUCAACCGAUCUACGCCCGGCGCUAGUUGCGACUGUGGGCACAUGGCCUGUUAUCAUGUCAAGACCCCGGAGCCGUCGUCGACCAGAGAGGAGGUGGAGCUUCUGAAGCAGCGACUUCAAGGCCUUGAAGAUCAACUUGACCAGCAGAGACAAGGCGGCCUUGGAACCGUCGUUGCCAGAGUGAGCGAGCUAGAGGACCUCGUCGACAAAAGCCGUGAAGAAAUAGGCCAGGAGAUCAAGGGUUCCUAUCGCAAUAUCAACAGAGUAUGGCAGUCUGUUGAGCAGCUUGAGCGUCAAACCUCUCAUCUCCGGGAAACCCUGCGUUCUCAAUCAGAACACAUGGAACGUGUCAGCGGGGAGUUGGAGAGCGUCAGCAAUCGACAAAUGGAGCUUUUCGACGCCGACGAAAGCAUCGAAGAGAGACUGGAACAGCUAGAGUCAGACCAUGAUUCUUUAGCCAACGCCGUGGUGGCCUCCAACCCACAACAGCCGCUAGUAGCCACUCUGUGUUCGCAGCCCGAUGACGAAUACAACCCAGGAGAAGCUGCCUGUAUCUCGCCAGCCAUCAGCGCGACCGAUUCCAAUAUGAGUUCAAGCAACUGCGGGGCCUGGACAGUUCAUAUCUCACUUCUUCCGACAGCCUCUCAGCCUUUCCCAUUCGAAAGAGACACCAACGCCUACAAGCGCUGCUUGUCCCGAGGGCUUCAUCGGACUGUAGUAGUCGGCGGCCCAGAUAGUGACUCUUUCAUCGAGGCUGUCACAAAGUCUUUCGGUAGCCUACUCAGAGGAAGAUCCUGGAUGCCUCUACAGGCCAAGCUUUGCGACGCAGAAAAGCUCCAAGGGCUUCCCAUGCUCAGGCCACUGGACUCAAGACUUGUUGACAGCGAUUAUGAUCUCAACUUCCUCAAGAAAUUUUGCGGCGUUUGCGAGGCCAACGGCAAGAUCGAUUCUCUAUAUAUAGCCAUGCGCCAGGAUAAGUUUUCAUGGCACUUUCUACGAAACUCUCCGAUCUUCAUAGAGGGUCUCGAGAAUUGCUGGAUUUACGAUCAUUUCUUAGAUCCAAACGACCCAGUUGAAGACGACCGCAUGGAAGAGCAUGAUCGACCCUCCGCCGGAGAUAUUGUUCCGAGUCUCCCAAACUUGAAGCGAGCGGCAUCCGAGAUGUCACGGACGGCUGGCUUAACGGCCGCAUCAACAGGCAGCGAUUCUGACGGCUCUCAAACCAAGACACCCCGAACCAGUUGCCUACCUAGUCUAGUUGAAUCGCGGAGGCGUUUGGAGACUGUGUGA